CUCUCUCUCCCUCUCUCUCUGUAUCUCUAUCUUUACUUUAUUUUUCUUAAUUUUGCCAAAAAAAGAUAACCCAUCUGCUUCUUUGAAUCUUCUUUACCAAAUCAACCAUGCCGUUUCGGUCGAACUAGAAUACUUCGUUUUCCUCCUUCUUUCUUUCCUUUUUUGUUUGUAUUUCCUUUUUAUGGAUGGGUACAUCACACCAUAUAUAUUUUCCCUGACUCACUGACUAGAACAUCGUUGAAUUUGGAAUCCUUUUAUGUUUGUGGCCACAAAAUAGUUAGAGAGAUCUAUCAACUGCCAGUAGAUCCUUUGCGUUGAUUCUACUUUCUUUGUUUUCUUGUCUUGGCCCUCUCAUCCCUCUCUAGGGUUUCUGAUUUUGUGACAAAGAGAAGAGAAUACGCUGGGCAAAUCUAUAAUUCUCCGACCAUUGACUUUGUCAAGUCUCUAUCCUGUGGUUUUCGCUUGUGUUCGAAUGAUGAUAUAGUCCAUUUCUGUUUGAUCAAAAAGUGUGAUUAGUGUUGCAGUGUUUUUAGCUUCUCAAGUACUUCGGUCUAGUCAAUAGGAGGAGGAUAAAAAGAUAAAUCUUCAGCUGGUUGAAGCUGCACAAAGUCCCUGGGAGAAUUUAAUCAUGGCUAGAGGAAAAAUUCAGAUGAGGCGAAUUGAGAACGCAACGAGCCGGCAGGUCACCUUCUCGAAGCGCCGGACCGGGCUGCUGAAGAAAGCUCACGAGCUCUCGGUCCUCUGCGAUGCUGAAGUUGCCCUGAUCAUCUUUUCGCAGAAAGGAAAGCUUUAUGAGUUCUCGAGCAAUUCCGAAAUCCGAAAGACAAUUGAUCGAUACCGUAAAUCUGCAAAUGAUGCGGAUACAUACCAGGCCAAAAUGGAACAACAUAUUCUGCAUCUGAAGCAUGAAACCAUGGAUAUGGAGAGGAAGAUUGAGCUUCUUGAAGUUUCUCUACGGAAGCUAUCAGGACAAUGUCUUGGAUCUUGUUUGAUCGACGAAAUCCAAAUGAUAGGGGAUCAGCUCGAGCGAAGUUUGAGCAGCGUUAGGGCGAGAAAGGCUCAAUUAUUCAACGAUCAGAUACAGCAGUUACAAGCAAAGGAGAGGUCUCUGAAGGAAGAGAAUGCAAAGCUUCUUGCAAAGUGCCAUGAAAAUCCUUGGCAAUCAACAGCUCAUCCGAGAGCAGCAGCAUUACAUAGCCGGAGCAGCCAGAGUGCAGAUGUUGAGACCGGGUUGUCCAUCGGAUUGCCGGAGAGUUAAACCGAUUCGCCAUCACCCAACACAAGUCUAAAAAUACCUGUUCAAUAGAAUAUAAUAAGAAUCACCGCAAUGUUGUUCAGUGAUAUCUUUACUUAGCUGAAUUCUCCCUAGUGCUGUCACGACAACAUAGACAUGGGAUUCAUGGUAGUCAUUUCAAAAAUCUGCGAGUAAGAAUAGCAUAGGCAAAGGAUGAUCA